CUCGACAACCAAUUCCCUGGGGACCACACCGGCACGCCCGAUGGACAUUAGACUUAUGCCCAUCACAGCCUUGCGACCAUCGCGAUUCAUAGGGGUACAUAUGAUAUAAAUCCGGCCAAAUACCCUCGCCUAAAAGGAUAAGGCUACAAUUACCAUCUCCGCACUCUCGAACCAGCGGAAGUCAACAUCAUGGCAUCAAAAUGGCAAGCCAUCCGUCUCCUCCACGGUGUCCGAGCCAUAGUUGGCGGCCAAGGCCCUCCUGUGAUUCUCGUUCCAGGCUGGCCCCAAACAGCGGAGGCGUUUAGCGAUAUCUUCGAGUCCCUUUCAAAACACUAUCAGUUCUUCGCUCUCGACCCCCCAGGCUUGGGCGAUUCACCUGCUCCCCUCAACGGCUAUGAUACCGCGAAUGUGAGCAAAGUCAUGGCAGAAGCUGUCCACGAUCACUUGAAAGACAAACCGUACCAUCUUGUGGGACACGAUGUGGGUGGAUGGAUUGCUUAUCCCUGGGCGGCUCAAUUCCAAUCGAAAAUCAAGUCGCUCAGUAUACUGGACGCGUCGGUGCCGGGAUUCUUGCCCCAGUUUCAGUUUCCGCUGUCUCGCCAAACCAACUUGCGUCUUUGGCAAUUCUCAUUCAAUGCGCUUCCUGAAAUACCUGAAAUUUUGACGACUGGUCGGGAAAGGGAGCUAUUGACCUGGUUCUUCAAUUUGAAGACCGUGCAUCCGGAUGGGUUACCCAAAGAUCAAUUCGAACGCUAUAUCCAAGCGUAUUCAAGGCCGGGUGCGAUGAGUCGGGGGUUCGAGUAUUAUCGAGCUUUUGAAACAAGCGCAAACCAGAAUUUGGAAUUCGCAAAGACACCACUCGAGAUCCCCGUCUUGGCUUUAGGUGGUGCUAGCUCGGUCGGUUCGGGAAUGAUUCAGUUGGUCCAGAACUUCGCGACUAAAGUCUCCGGGGGAGCUAUUGAAGAUUGUGGACAUUUCCUCCCUGAAGAGCAGCCAUCUGCCGUCGCGCAGAGGUUGCUGGAGUUUUUGGAGGCAAACGGAACGGAGUGAAAUUCCUAGGGAGGCAUGUGCCAACGAGUAUUUAGAUACGGAAGUAGCCAUACCAGGAUGAGCGUGUCAUGUGACCGGAUGUUAAACGAGUGCCUCUAUGUUCCUCGAUAUGGGAGGCAAUAAUGGCUAGUAGUGUAUCAAAUGAAGAAGUGAACAAUAAUG